GAGUGUUCUGAACGUCGCGGGGGCUUCAUGGGAUUCCCCAAGUACCAUGAAUCCUUGGAAGAGGGGGAUUUGUACAGGAUGAGACCGAUAUAAAGCUGCGAUCAAGCAUCAGAAGAGGAAUCAGUUUCAACUUUUCAUCAUGAUACGACCGAUAUAUUUUGUAUUGCUCUUCGCAGUUUUUAUCUGCGUAUCCGCAGGACCUGCGAUCGAUCUGGGGUCUCAAAUAGCACCAGAAGUUGGACCGUCACCGGAACAGCCUAUUCCCGGUCCUGAAGGCGCAGACCCUAACAUUGGGGAAAAAAGUGAUCUGGAAGCCGAAGCUUCGCAUUGGGGACACUACGGAUACUACAGACCGAGAUGGGGCCAUUAUCACGGAGGCUGGGGUGGCAGAGGAUACGGAUGGGGUGGUAGAGGUCACGGAUAUUGGGGUGGCGGAUGGGGUGGUGGUUGGGGUUCCCGUUAUUGGUACUAAACUUCCGGGUUUACUGCGCAUUAUGUAACUUCAGCAUGGAGUCAAAGAACUCGCAGACGACGUAAGCAUCUGAAGCAACAAUCUGCACCAUCGAUCACUCGCCAGCAAAAAAACGAUAUAAACUCGAUUGUUUACUGAAAAAAGUUCUUCCAAAUUCCCAAACAAGUUCAACAGUAUUUUUUGUUACUCAUGUACGUUGUUCCCAUCAUCAAAAAAUGAUUCCCAUUAUUAAGUUUUAUAGUCCGAAGUACCAUUCAUUGUAUGUAUAUUAAUAAACUGGAAUUUGUA